UGCUAUGGCCAGUUAGAUAAGGCAUAAACUGGAUGUUACCAUUUGGAAAAAUCUUUUAAAAGUGCUAAUACUAGCGUUUUAUAAAAGUUCGAUACUACUAUAUGAAAUUCUCAUGCUUAGCCUUCUUCACCACCCGAAUCUUAUGAGCUUAAAAGGUUACUGCACUGAUGGUGAUGAAAAACUCUUAGCUUAUGAGUAUAUGCCUAAGGGUAGCUUGGAAGAUCAUCUAUUCGACUUGGGCCCAGGGAAGGUUCUGUUGGACUGGAACACACGCAUGAGAAUUGCCAUUGAUACUGCCAGGGGUAUGGAGUAUCUCCAUGUCAAAGCCAACCCGCCUGUUAUCUUUCGUGACUUGAAACCCGCGAAUAUAUUACUGGACAAUGAAUUCCAUGCCAUCCUCUCAGACUUUGGGCUCGCUAAGUUGGGACCUGUUGGUGACAGGACCCAUGUUUCUAGCCGUGUGAUGGGAAUUUACGGCUAUUGUGCACCCGAAUAUGCCAUGAGUGGUAAACUCACCCUGAAAUCCGACAUAUUUAGCUUGGGUGUUGUUUUAUUGGAAAUUAUCAGUGGACGCAAGUCUAUUGAUCCAAAUAGGAGUCGCGCAGAGCAGAAUCUAAUCAAUUGGGCACGUCCUUGCUUCAAGGAUAAAAAGCGAUAUAUUCAGCUGGUUGAUCCAGCAUUGCAGCGCCGUUAUCCAUGGUGCUGUUUCCAACAUUUUGUCGCAAUUGUAGCCAUAUGUCUUCAGGAAGUACCUGCUCACCGACCCCUCAUUAGCGAUGUCGCUGUGGCCUUAGAAUACUUGGCUUCACACCAAGAUUAUAGUAAAUAGUAGAACCAAAAGUCAUACUAAUAAAUUUAACGAAAAGUCAAAUUUACCAUCUCAAUUUUAGUAGACAAGUCAUCAGAAUCAUGGAUUGACCUAAGGGCUGAUGUCUAGAACCUUAAUCCCAAAAGAUUGAGGCCGACUAACAUGUAAUAAUAUACCAAUUCCAAUGGUAUUUCAUAUUGAUUCUUAUUCUCCAUUCAUUUUAAUUUUUUACCACUUUUUAAAAAGGUUUUGUAUUUGAUUCUCACCUAUUCCAUUCUUUAAGCUUAUUUGUAAUAAAAAUUAAUGUUAAUAUUGCAGUAAUUAGUAAAAUUCUUAGAAGAGGGCCUUAGGUGGGAAAAUAACAAUGCCCAACAAGUAGACACAUGGUAUAAUGGUUGCUUCUUUAGAUAAUGAUAAUUGAUGGCAUAUAAUUCUCCGUUAUUUCUAAAUGAUGAUGACGAUGCAAUAUUCAUUAAUAAUGAUUGCAAAGGGAUAAGUAAAGAAAGUAAUAUUAACAUUGAAAUAGUUAAAAGGAAUACGGAAGGACAAUAAUGUUGAUACUAAAUUCUUACAAAAAGAUUUUAUCCGAAAAAACAAUG